CAAAAGUACUCAGAAGUAAACUGAGCUCAGAAUCCGGUUGAGGGAGCGCGUGAGGACACGGACGCUGUCCCUCCGUCGCAAAGUUGUUGACAGAAAACUUAGGCGACCAGGAAAGUCAGGAACCGAUUUCGCUAACCGUCAGGUUCGGAGUCUUCCGCUGGCGAUGGGGGACAUGAAGACGCCAGAUUUUGAUGACUUGUUGGCAGCCUUUGACAUUCCUGAUAUCGAUGCUAAAGAAGCCAUUCAGUCCAACCCGGAGGCACACCGGGACGAGCAGGCUGCUGAUGGACACCAUGAGAACAAGAGUAGAGCUUCUGCAUGCUUCCCUGACUCCGCAGCCCCUCAAGGGGAGCCUUCUGUGGUCAGCGUCAUCGUGAAGAACACGGUCAGACAAGAGUCCCUGGAGAGUGAAGACAAACCUGCCAGGAGUAGCUCUGACGACCCCACAAGUGGUGCCUUAGUCUCGCAGGUUUCGGGAAAAUUGGAGGACUUCACCUCGGAUCUCGAUGCCAAACUGUCUGUCGGUGCUGCUGUGGAGGCUCAGAUUGCGAAUGGCUUUGAGGAGGGACAGUCUGACGCACAGUCCUGGUCCCAGCCUUUGUCUUUUAGGUCCACACCAAGUGAUGAAGAGAGCGACAAAGGAGCCAAGCCUGGGUCUGAGUCCAUUGUGAACAGUUUAAAGCCUCUUUUGUACCCAAAGGCCUCAUCCAUUGCUGGUACCACCUUGCCAUCUCCUUCCUCUUCUCCCUCAGCAAUCCCUCAACUUUCCCCCCACUCACCUCAACGUGGUGAAAUGUAUCCUUGUGAUCCGUUAGCCUCCUCUUUACCACAAAAUACGGAUCUAGGACCUGAAGUCAAGCACACAACAUAUACAGAUGAAGAUGACUCAGAGCCAGAUUUAGGGAGUCCACUAGUGAUCCAGGAGAGCCCAGAUUCCAUGAUGUCCUCUUUUCCUAAACUCAAACGCAAAGGAAAUUUUGAUUUUGAUCAAAUGGAGUCUCAUGAAAACACUCCUGGUGUUGCUUCACACCCUCCUGAUCUCUCAUCACCAAAUAAAGGCCAAAAUGAGGAUGACGAACCUCGUGCCACCAUCAUCAGCUCUCCUGUCACCGGUCCACAGUCUCAGAACCUCCAUGACCUGCCUUCCAAUGUCCGCACGAGCUCAGCAGUCCAAAAGGAGAAGUACCCAGAACACGUGAUUGAUGAGAGAGACUCGCCUGAGAGCCCACCUCCCAGUGAGACCGGCCUUCUGUUUACCAACAGAAACGGCAGCCAUGACACGGAUUCAGGCCUCACUUUGAAUCAGGAGGAACAAAAUCACCGAGAGGAUCUCGUUCAAAGAGAUCACGGCCAAGAGAAGUUGGAGGACUCUGAAAGUCCAGGUGAAAAAGUGACGGAAAAUAAAGAAAACUCAAAGGAGGAGAACAGUGUUGCUGACAGAGAGGACACAGUGGCUCCUAGCAUCGCAGAGACGGUCUCAUCUCCUCCAAGACCGCUCAAAGUUAAAAUCAAAAUGCCCACAGGCAGCAUCACGAGGACGGUGCCUGGUCUGGCGCCAAAGAGGAGUGGGAAGGCCGCUUCAAAGGAAGCAGAGAGUUCAAAACCUUCAGAAUCUCAGAACAUUAAGUCCAAAAAGGAGCUUUUACCUGCAGCAGCGGCACAAGAAGGUGCCCGUACAGGCAAAGAGAAAUGCUCUAAAGUGUCUCCUACAGCCGUGAGCAUCACAAAAACCGCAGCACUGCCCUCCGUCUCCGCCGCCAAGGCCGGUUCAGCUGUAGCAAACCUCCGCAGCCUCGGGCAGAAAACGCUCAACAACGGGGUGGCCCCCUUGUCUCAGCUCCAUCAGCAGAGCAGCAACAGGCCAGCAUCGAUAGUCAACAGCACCGGGGCCAUCAUUUCAAAGAGUCAGACCAACCUGGUGGAAGCCUUCAACAAAAUCCUCAACAACAAGAACCUGCUGCCUUGUUAUAAACCGGAUCUGAGCUCUCCUCUCCCGUCAGAGUGGGGCAUUUCUCUCCCUGCACAGGGUUACCGCUGUCUAGAGUGCGGCGAUGCCUUUGCCCUGGAGCAGAGUCUGGCCCAGCACUACGAUCGGCGCUCGCUGAGGAUCGAGGUGACUUGCAACCACUGCGCCAAGCGGCUGGCCUUCUUCAACAAAUGCAGCUUGCUUUUACACGCCAGGGAGCACAAAGAGAAGGGUCUGAUCAUGCAGUGUUCCCACCUGGUGAUGAAACCCGUACCCGUGGAUCAGAUGAUCGGUCAACAGGAAGCAGCGGCUGCAGGCCAGCCCGGUUUAAAGCCGUCGCCUCCGGCGCGUCAUGCUGCAGGGCCCGACAGGGAGGCGGAGGCCACUCAGCACGGCAGCAAUAAAUGUCCCGAGUGUCAGGCUCAGUUUGGGAGCAAAGACGAGCUUUACGACCAUUUCCAAGUAGUCAAACCCGCCCACAGUACUUCAUGCUCAGAGUGCUCGCCCCCCAUGCUCCUCCCCAACAGCUGCAGCACAGCUGCACACCAGCGCAUCCACCAAGGCUGCCCGCCCCACAUCUGUCCAGAGUGUGGAGCCUCAACCAAGCAGCAGCUGUUUCAGAAGCAUCUGCAUGAGACCUGUUUGCACUUUUCCCGCCGCAUCGGGUACAGAUGUUCCAGCUGCCUCGUCGUGUUUGGAGGGCUGAACUCGGUGAAGGCUCACAUCCAGCAGGCUCACUGCGACAUGUUUCACAAGUGCCCCAGCUGCCCCAUGGCCUUCAAAUCUGCCCCCAGCAUUCAGAGCCACAUCUCCGCUCAACAUCCAGCACUGACGCAUGGACAGGCUAUGUUGAUUUAUAAAUGCGUCAUGUGUGACACGGUUUUCACGCACAAGCCGCUGCUCUACUCCCAUUUCGACACUCAUUUGACCAAUCAGAAGGUUCACGUGUUCAAGUGUCCUGAGUGCACCAAGCUGUUCUCGCAGAGGAGCUCCCUGCUGGAUCAUUUUAAGACCCACAAGAGUCGCCCUGUAAAAGAGGAGCUGCCGUCACCCGCAGCUCCGGCCGCGUCGGUGAAACUGGAGAGCUCAGAGGAAGAGUGGGUGGAAAAAGAGAAAGUGAAGACCGAGAGGACGAAGGCCGCUUCGGGGUGGAAGUGUCGAGCUUGCAGCACUCAGUAUUCAGAACAGGAGGACUACGUCGCUCACAUGAGCCAGCAGCACGGCAAGGUUUUGAAGAAGUUUCCCUGUAACAGAUGCGAGAGCUCGUUCACCACCACCUCCAGCAUGAGGCGCCACAUCAGAGACAAGCACAAAAUCGCGAGCCGGGGCUUUCGCUGCCAAUUUUGUUCUGACAGUAAGAAGACCUUCAGCAGCAGAGCGAUGCUGGAGAGGCACUUCCAGCUGAGGCACGGCGCGGGCCAGGACGCUCUGACGAGAGCCGACGAGGCUGGAAGCUCUUCAGAGCAGGAGGCCGGUUCGGUGAGUCGCCGGAGGCGUCGGGCAGCCGUGAAGGUGGAGCAGGACGUGGAGCCCGCAGACAAGACGAGUCCGGCGAAGAAGCUACGAUCCUCCUCCUCUUCUGCUCCUUACGUCCAGCCGGAGUCCGGCUUUAGCUGCGCUUGUUGCGGCUUCACCGCGGAGGACAGGGCAACGUUCCUGGAGCACAUCGGCCAACACAGGCGGGGCGGGGCGGAGGGCGGCGAGCUGCAGUGUCUGCAGUGCGGCGCCUGCUUCACGUCCACAUCCUCCUUGUCCCGCCAUCGUUUCAUCACCCACAAGGUCCGGGAUGCUUUCAGCGACAGCCAGCAAGCGCCCAGCGCGCAGCCACCCGCCUCUUCUGUCAAGAACCACGACGAGAAGGGCAGUUGGAACGGAUCUGAGCCGGCGUCUCCCUCCGGUCAGCCGUCUGCCGGCCAGGGGAAGGACGACGAGGCGGCGCUGGCCUGUAAGGUGUGCGGCAAACACUUUGAAAAGGCCACAGACCUGAACACACACUUCAGAACUCAUGGCAUGGCCUUUAUUAACGCCAGGAACGCAGGAAAACCCGUCUAAGUGCCGCUUCUACGCACCAAACAACCAAAGAUACUCGGUUUGUCACCAACUACUCAGUAAAGCCGUUCAUCUUCACACCUCUGAUUCUCAGGAUUUCUCCGCUCAGUCCCGCCGUUCUCACGUGCCUGCAGGGAACCGUGAUCCUUGCAUUAAUCUAAUCCCGCUGAGAUUAUGCUAACGGUUGAUCCUUUUGGACCACUGAGCAGAUCUCUGAACAGAAACUCGAGCUGUAAAGUCUCUUAAAUCGGUCUUAAACUCGGCAGCUUGUUGCUUCGGUUCCUAACAGAAUGUCUAAUUUAGCGACUGUUAUAAUUUACUUUAUCACCACUUGUCUCCCGUCACUGACGAUCGCGACGCCGUAAAACGUUUCCUAGUCGUGUUUUCAGCGCGGAUCAAGAAUCACGGAUGCUGUGUUUGCUUCACGGACGUAAAAAAUGUGAAUUUAUUCUUCGGGCGGUUGCCACGGCGAGCGCGUGCGUGGACCAACGACCUUCUGGAGAGCAGGAAAAUCAGCAAUAAUGUGAUGUGUAGAUACACACUAUAUAUUUAUUAGGACGAAACCUUCAAAUGAAUGGAAAUUAACACUUAAAAAAUGGACUCUGCUCACACCAGUUUUCAUCACCGGGCGAGAGAUGUAAUCAGAUUACUGUAAACAAAAGAUGGUUUAUGAUGUCGGCUCUUUCUACGAGAGAUCUGGAUCCUUUUAAAACAUUAAAGUCGUUUAUUAUGUUUAAUCAAA